CCUCCCCCCCACCCCCUCCCCAAUCUACCACUAAGAGAGUGUUGACGUGAGUUCAAGUAGCUCAUCGUCGGAUUCUCUUUCUCUUCAGCUUAUCGCUCGAGCUUCCUCCGCACCCGCUUUAUUGCACCCACACAGCUCUUUCGGCGCACCAUGGCGAGCGAAGACAACGGUCAAGAUCCUCCCAAGCGAGAUGUUCGCAACCACCUGCUCUUUGAGAUCGCAACUGAGGUCGCCAAUCGUGUGGGAGGUAUCUACUCCGUCCUCAAGUCUAAAGCUCCCGUCACCACCGCCGAGUAUGGUGAACGAUACACCUUGAUCGGACCGCUCAACCGAGCCUCCGCAGCUGUUGAGGUCGAGGAACUGACUCCUUCGAACCCUCGAUUGAUUGAAACAAUCCAGUCCAUGAAAGAGCGUGGCAUUGAGAUUGUCUAUGGCCGCUGGCUGAUUGAAGGUGCCCCUCGGGUGCUACUCAUUGACACUUCAACCGGUUAUAAGUACUUGGACGAGUGGAAGGGAGACCUGUGGAAUACGGCCGGAAUCCCCUCUCCCGCAGGUGAUACCGAGACGAAUGAGACCAUUGUGUUUGGCUACUUGGUAGCAUGGUUCCUGGGUGAAUUCAUCGCACACGAACGUCGCAAAGCAGUUGUGGCUCAUUUCCACGAGUGGCUUGCUGGUGUUGCCCUUCCUCUGACGAAGCGGCGCCAUAUGGACCUAACCACGAUCUUCACAACCCACGCCACAUUGCUCGGUCGCUAUCUCUGCGCAGGGUCAGUAGACUUCUACAACAACCUGCAGCACUUUGACGUCGAUGCAGAGGCCGGUAAGCGCGGCAUCUACCAUCGAUACUGUAUCGAGCGGGCUGCAGCGCACACGGCCGAUGUCUUCACGACCGUCUCUCACAUCACUGCCUUUGAAAGCGAGCACCUGCUUAAGCGGAAGCCCGAUGGUGUGCUACCGAACGGACUGAAUGUGAAGAAGUUCUCAGCUGUCCAUGAGUUCCAGAACCUGCACUCGCAAUCGAAGGAGAAAAUCAAUGACUUCGUUCGUGGACAUUUCUACGGCCACAACGACUUCGACCUCGACAACACUCUGUAUGUCUUUACUGCCGGUCGCUAUGAGUUCCGCAACAAAGGCGUGGAUAUGUUCAUCGAAAGUCUGGCGCGUCUCAACCACCGCCUCAAGGCGGCCGGAUCAAAGACAACAGUCGUCGCCUUCAUCAUCAUGCCUGCUCAGACUUCGUCACUCACGGUGGAGUCGCUGAAGGGCCAAGCUGUCGUGAAGUCGCUUCGGGAGACCAUCCAUAACAUCGAGCAGGGCAUUGGCAAGCGCAUGUAUGAGCGCUCCUUGGCAUGGAAAGAGGGCGACAACAUGCCGGAUGAGAAGGACUUGAUUACCAGUCAGGACCGCGUCCUUUUGCGCCGUCGGCUUUUCGCCAUGAAGCGCCACGGCCUGCCACCUAUCGUUACCCACAAUAUGGUUAAUGACCAUGAAGACCCGAUUCUAAACCAGAUCCGUCGGGUGCAAUUAUUUAACCACUCGUCAGACCGAGUCAAGGUGGUCUUCCAUCCUGAGUUCCUGAACUCUUCAAACCCAGUGCUCCCGCUUGACUAUGAUGACUUUGUGCGCGGAACCCACCUUGGAGUUUUCCCUUCUUAUUACGAGCCGUGGGGAUAUACUCCUGCCGAAUGUACGGUGAUGGGAGUUCCUAGCAUCACCACCAACCUUUCUGGUUUCGGGUGCUACAUGGAGGAAUUGAUCGAGAACUCGUCCGACUACGGUAUCUAUAUCGUGGACCGCCGCAUGAAAGGGGUGGAUGACUCUGUGAACCAGCUUACGGACUUUAUGUUGAACUUCACUCAAAAAAGCCGGCGACAACGGAUCAACCAGAGAAACCGGACCGAGAGAUUGAGCGAUCUUUUGGAUUGGAAGCGGAUGGGUCUGGAGUACGUCAAGGCCCGGCAGCUUGCUCUGCGUAGAGCUUACCCUUCGUCAUUUGGAAACGGAGAGGAUGUUUACGAUAUCAUCGGAGGCACAGAGCAGAAGAUCUCGCGUCCCCUCUCUGUUCCUGGGUCGCCAAGAGACCGGUCCGGCAUGAUGACCCCGGGAGAUUUUGCCUCCCUCCAGGAGGUCAAGGAAGGCCUCAGCACGGAGGACUAUGUUGCCUGGCGACUUCCGACCAGCGAGGAAGAAGAGCCAGAUGACCACUACUUCCCUCUCACUCUCCGAACGAAGAAAGCCACCGAUCGGCCUGCCUCCCCGCUCGACCGGCUUUCGUUGAAUGGAGACGCAUGAUCGAUUGUCUAUACGAUACCAACAGACACCCAAGUACUUACUUCCUUUAUGUGGAACACAUCAUUCUGUAGUUGCUGCAUUUUGUGCCCGUCCUUUGCCUUCGUCCCAGCAUGCUUGCAGUUUUGACUAUUGCCGACUCGUCUUGAUUCGUAGGUCCUGAAUACAGCGCAUCGUUCCGGUUGCCGUGUGACAUUAUAGCCUGGCUGUUUCUGCGGUCUUGCUCCAUUAGUUUGGUUCUUUUCACUCCCUUGUUUAAUAUUGAUAUGUUCCCUCUCCUUCGCCUGCCUUGAAUGUACAUCCUCUCUACUUAGUCACUUAACAGAUUGGAGAUUAGAUACUUCGAAUGCAUUGAACCAUUCGGUCCAUAGCCAGUAUCUUCCUGGAAGCACUUGACGG